AUGGUGCUAAUGGAUCAGGACGGCGGCGCUGCUCCGGCUGUGGCUCCUCGAAACCCGGGCGAGGGCGGCGGCGCUGCUGCUCGCCCAGCGGUGGACAAGGAAGUGGACUUCGCGAACUACUUCUGCACGUACGGGUACCUGUACCACCAGAAGGAGAUGCUCUCCGACCGCGUCCGCAUGGACGCCUACUACAACGCCGUGUUCGACAACGCGGCUGAGCACUUCCGUGGCAAGGUCAGUCUCCUGCCCCUACUCCCCUGUCUCGUGGUCCGUGUUUGUUGGUGUUCUUGAGCGGAAUGCACUUCUUGCAGUUGGAAUUCGUUUAUCGCUUUUGUUCAUUUUUGGGCAUAGCUUCCAAGUGAGAUUGAUGUCCAUAGAUACAGCAGGGCAUCUUUCAAGUUUACAAUCUGAAAGCGUCUCGCCGGGAGGCCGUUUAGGGUUUGGAGGCAGGGUAGAAACAGCGGGCCUUCGACAAACUGACGGACGUAGCCUUUGGUCUGUCGUUGAUGCGAGGGUGGAACCUGGGUUUGCCCGUUUUAUUCAUCUAUAAGCGCACAAAAACCAUCCACUCGUAGAAACUAUUAAGUCAUCAUUUAUAGAUAUGCCUUCUUUCAUUAGGAAAAGUUGUUCGAGGUAUCUCCGGUCUAGGCGCGAGUUCCGGGAGCAUUUAUUUCUGUCUGAGUUCUCGAGGGUGCCACGGUUCCCUUGUGGUCUAGAAUGUUGAUAUUAAGCUCCCGGUAUGCAUCUGUUUUCUAUUCUUUCCGAUGGGAUUCGCCUUGAUAUCUUGGUCUUUGGGAUUUAAACGCGUCAUGCCUUGAUACACGUGGAGUUUGGGCUCUACUCUAUCGGUCGCAUUUCUCCAUAGAUUCUUAGAAUAAUCAAGCCGGUUCUGAUUUCUUCUGUGCAUCAAACAAGGUUGUCUUGGAUGUGGGGACAGGCAGUGGCAUUCUUGCCAUCUGGUGUGCGCAGGCUGGCGCGAAGAAGGUGUAUGCCGUUGAAGCCACAAAAAUGUCUGAACACGCCCGUGAGCUCGUCAAAGCAAAUCAAGUCGAGGAUAUCGUCGAGGUCAUUCACGGCUCCAUGGAGGAUGUAGAACUGCCAGAGAAAGGUUGGCAGAGAAUUUUAAUCUGGGAGUAAAUCAAGUUCAUAUUAUCUUGCUUCUGCCUUUUCCUGCCCUCCUCACUGCCCAUUAAUGGUAUUUCCUCUCCCUUGCAGUUGACGUUAUAAUAUCCGAGUGGAUGGGCUAUUUCCUCCUGCGCGAAUCCAUGUUUGACUCCGUGAUUUGUGCACGUGAUCGUUGGCUGAAACCAGAUGGAAUGAUGUGAGUUUUUGAGUAAUUAUUUUGCUAAAUAUCAAGUUUCUUUAGAUGAUAAUUUUGACAAUGCAAUUCUUGAGUGUUCCAGCUUCUUGACAAACAAUUGAUAUCUCUAUGGUUUUAUUAUUAAAACUUUGGAAUUCUGUGUCUGGUUUUUUACCCCUAUUGAAUUCAUCUCCUGGAGUUUAAAAUGCCAAAAAGAUUUAUUCGAGCAGUUUUAACUCUUCAUUCUUUGACGCUUGAGAUACUUUUUCCCUGAAGGACUUUUCGUCCUACUGGGCCUGGCCCUGUAUAUUUUUAUCCCUGAUCAUCAUGAAUUGGACUUCCUAAAAGAAAAUUUCAUCGUUUUUGUCUCACAAGAUUCUAGCCGAAUAGAUUUUAUUUUAUUUUUUGGAUUGUUUGGUUUUGGACACCUGCAUACGAUCUAUUUAAGGAAUUUUCCGGCUUCUUUCUUAGAUGCUUGUGAUGCUUUUUCCCUGCAGGACUGUUCUUCCUACUGGACCCAGUAUAUCUUUAUGCCUGAUAAUCCUAAAUUGGACUCUCUAAAAGAAGAAAAUCUCUUCUUUUUGUCCUACAAGAUUCUAGCCGAAUGGGACUUGUUCUUAUCUUAUUCGGUAGCCUUAUUUGGUUCUGAUGGUUCUCUCAUGUUUUCAGGUACCCUAGUCAUGCUCGUAUGUGGCUGGCUCCUAUCAGGUCUGGUCUAGGAGAGCAGAAGAAGAACGAUUUUAAUUCUGCAAUGGCCGAUUGGUAUAGCUUCGUUGACGAAACCGAAGCUCACUAUGGCGUUAACAUGGGUGUUUUGACGAAAACUUUCCACGAAGAACAUGAGAAAUAUUUUCUCCAGGCGAGUCUCGCACCCAUCGUUUUAGUUUUAGCCUAUUAAUAUGCAUCCAGAGAGAGAGAGAGAGAGAGAGAGAGAGAGAGAGAGAGAGAGAGAGAGGACACGAAAUCAAUCAUACAUCUUCGCUCAUCUUUUAUCAUCCACUUAUUCAUGUUCAUGUAUGAAAACUUUACUCUUCUUCCUUUCAGACGUCACUAUGGAAUAAUGUCCACCCGAACCAGAUUGUUGGGUCCUCUGUUGUCAUCGAGGAGAUCGAUUGCCUGACAGCCACAGUGGAUGAUAUCCGUACUGUCACGGCAGAGUUCUCCUCAUCAGUUGAGACUGAUCGCACACACAUCUCUGGAUUUGCCGGGUGGUUUGACGUUCAUUUCCGGGUACGCGGUUUUGAUAUUUAUUUAAAUCUCCAAUUUUAUUUAUAUCUCUGGUCAUCUGUGACCAAGCUCUCGACAGCAUUAUAGAUUUGGUUGAUAUGAUUCUUUCUGAAAUUCCGCAAUUAAAAAAAAAAACCUGCCAUUGCGAAACAGAUCAGAGUGCUUUGCCCACAGCUGGUAAAACAAAUUCUCAUUUUUUUUUUCUGUUGCUCAGGGAAAUGCCCAAAAUCCUGCGAGGCAUGAGGUCGAGUUGACCACAGCUCCUAGCGUUGACGACUGCACGCACUGGGGUCAACAGGUUCUGUCCACUGCUCUUGUCCCCUGUCUAGUUUUCCUCAUCUCCGAUCAGACGAGUCUUUACCUCUCCAGCCGUCGAACUCUGGUUUUCAUGGCAAUGCUGGUUACUUCAUCGUAUUCAGCCUCCUCGCGGAGCCUUUUGCUCCAUUUUUGGGCAUCUGGGGCUGAAAAUCUUCUUCAUUUUUAUCAGGUAUUUCUGCUGCAUCCCCCCAUCAGGGCGUGCGUGGGGGACACUGUCCAUGUCUCCUUCACGAUGAGCCGAUCCAAGCAGUACCACCGGCUGAUGGACGUGGAAUUCACCACAACGCUGCACGCAUCGUCGGGGAAGUCGCUGCAACCUCGCACCGCCAAGUUUUACAUCGAGUGA